AUGUUGUGGUGCUGCAGGAAAGGAAGACGGCACACCUCAACUGCAAACGGUGCAGGUGAGGAGGAGGAGGAGGAGGAGGAGGAGGAGGAGGAGGAGGAGGAGGAGGAGGAGGAGGAGGAGGAGGAGGAGGAGGAGGAGGAGGAGGAGGAGGAGGAGGAGGAGGAGGAGGAGGAGGAGGAGGAGGAGGAGGAGGAGGAGGAGGAGGAGGAGGAGGAGGAGGAGGAGGAGGAGGAGGAGGAGGAGGAGGAGGAGGAGGAGGAGGAGGAGGAGGAGGAGGAGGAGGAGGAGGAGGAGGAGGAGGAGGAGGAGGAGGAGGAGGAGGAGGAGGAGGAGGAGGAGGAGAAGAAGAAGAAGAAGAAGAAGAAGAAGAAGAAGAAGAAGAAGAAGAAGAAGAAGAAGAAGAAGAAGAAGAAGAAGAAGAAGAAGAAGAAGAAGAAGAAGAAGAAGAAGAAGAAGAAGAAGAAGAAGAAGAAGAAGAAGAAGAAGAAGAAGAAGAAGAAGAAGAAGAAGAAGAAGAAGAAGAAGAAGAAGAAGAAGAAGAAGAAAACACACACACACACACACCCCUCUAAAAUGGCACCACUCGAUGACACUAGGCGGCAUGCACUGGAAUGGAAUGGGGGAGAUGACCGGAUUCAAUGCACU